CAGUUACAUAUUUCACAUUUAAAGCAUUAGUUCAUCUUAUGUUUAUCAGCUUACCCCCAGGCCGUCCAAGAUGUAGGUGAAUUUGUAAUUUUAAAUUCUUGAGGUAUAUAUAAAUUAUAAAAAGGAUUAAUGCAAACAUAACAAAUUUGCAAAUAAAGUAAAGGGGUUUAAGUACUUUCUAAAUACACUGUAAAUGUGGUCAUGCCUACUUUGAACUAAUUUGUCGUUUUUGUUGAUUUUGUUUUUCCUAGAUUGGACAUCUAAUUCAUCUUUCAGCUUGCCUCUUAAAAACUGCCAGGAAACCAAAAAAAUCACCGAUUCAACUAAAAAAACAAAGCCUACAAUUUCUACCCCAAAAAAACGACCCAAUUUUUUACCCCACCCAACCAAUCUGUUGCCCUAACCCCCAUACACCGACUUUCCCCAAAACAGAACGUCCCUUUAACUUUUUGCUUUGACAGAAAAAGUGAGAACAGAACUACCUACAGCUCCAGUGUGCCCUGCUGCCUUGAGUGUCUUCACAAAGCAACGUUGAUUAGAGGACUGCGUUGGGAAAUCAACACCAUCAACACACACAAUAAUUUACUAUAGUUUUAAAAUUACAUAAUUUCCUAUAGUCUUUUAGACUGCUUAUAAUAGAUAAUACACAUUACAGUACUUUUAAAAGUCAUUAAUAUAUCAGUAAAAAAAAAAUUGUUUUUGAAGUUCAUCUUUGAAACGUAUUACAUUUAUAUCUGAGUCUUUUCACAUUUGCUUAUACUCUACUAAUUAAUUGCAUUAGUAAUAUUGCCUUUGGUUAUCAUUUCUGUACAAUAUUGGGGUUAACAGUUCAACAGUUCCAUUGCUAUAGUCUUGUGUGUUUGUAUAUCUAAUUUCUUGACUGUUUUAACGGUGAAAUUUUAGUACAGUACUUUAAUAUAUCAGUAAAAUAUUCUAAGUUUGACUGUUGUUGUAACUGCUAUUUGAAUAGACUACAUUUAAAGGUCAUUAAAAUAUUUUGGUUUGCCAAGUUCCUCUUUGAAUCUUACCACAUUGUAACAUUUACCUUUAUUAAUUGGUUGCAUUUCUGAUAUUGCUUUUGGUUAACAUUUUUGUACAAUAUUGGGGUUGACAGUGUUUGACAGUAUAACAGUUCAAUUGCUAUAGUUUUGUGUGUUUGUAUAUUUAAUUUGUUGACUUGUUACUAAAAUUUCAGUCCUGUACUUUAAAAGCUAAUUAAUAUAUCAGUAUUAUAUUUACAGUUUGACUCUUGUUGUAAUUGUUAUUUGAGUGCAGUACAUUUAAAGGUAAUUAAAAUAUCAGUAAAGUAUUUUGGUUUGGCAAGUUCAUAUUUGAAUCUUACCACGUUGUAACAUUUGCCUUUACUAAUUGGUUGCAUUACUGGCAUUGCCUUUAGUUAACAUUUUAUAAUUCAGUGAAAUACAAAGGCUUGACGGUAUAACAGUUACAUUGUGUGUAUGUAAAUACAGUAGGUUGACACUUGUUACUGUGGUAUACUAGCAUAACGUAUAAUAAGCAUUAAUAUUCAUUGAGUGGGUCUUUGUAUUUGUUAUUAAGGUUUUAUCCGGAAAAUUUGCACUUGUUUAACAUACGAAAGGUACUUUGCUAUAAACAGAUCUUUAGAUUUCUAACACCUGUUCCAUCGUCAUGCCACGUAAAGGUAAACGAAGUGAAGCCCAGAAGCAGCGCAGAAAGGUAGAAGCUUCACUGUGCAUUAACUCCGUGUCAAGUGCGAGUGACGUAAGCCCAAACGUGCUCUCUGUUACGGCGUCCCACUGUCAAAGUGACCCGAGGUACGGUAUUUAUUCGCGAGGGCAACAGUGCACGUGCAAUUCCUUAAUGUUCCUCGCGGUGCACAACGAACGUAAUGAGCUGAACAGUUUGGAAUUAGAUGACAUUUUAAAGAAAGGUGAUGCUUUGUACACUCUUGUCAAGCAAACACUACAGAGUAAAGGACAAUUUCGGAGUAAUUUCCUUGAUUUUGAUGAGCUACCGGAUAAACUUGAGACAAACUUGUGCUCUUACAACAUCAUUAAACAUGGCCAGAGGUUUGGAUUACUAAGAGAUGCACCUGCACUAGGCAGCUAUGACAACCUCGAGAAUACUCUGCAAUGUCUCAGAAGUGAAAUCAGCAACUGCCUGUUUUUGUGUGGACUUUAUUGUGUUGCUUUGUUUAGAGAUCGCUCAGGGAGGUUUGGAUUUUUUGAUUCACACUGCAGAACACCAGAUGGCAUGUCUACUAAUGAUGGCACGGGUACUGCUGUAAUGUUGACAUUUUCGCGUUUAGAAGACAUGAUAGAGAGACUGUUGCUGUUGUUUCAAGGGUGUUUCCAGUUAAGCGAUAACGUGCAAUUUGAUCUGCUGCCAGUAUCAUUCACAAGCACAACAGUAUGUACUGAUGUCUCCAUGGAGUAUCUUGAUAACAUAGAGCCGUGUGUAGCAUCUCAAAUAUCUGAAAAACAAUUUCUGUCCACUAAUGACCAAUGUGCACCUGCUGCAUCAUCACAACAGCAAAUUCAGGUAAUAAAUCCAGUUCAGUGGCCAGUCAACACAACAGAUGAAGAUGAAAUGGAGAUUCAAACUACUGUAACUGACAAUUUGGACAGAGACAAAAAUGUUCAAUUAAAUAAACUUUCUCAUAACAUCUCAAAAGAUUCCUCAAUUCAAAUUAUAUUAUCAGAUACAAAUGAUCACUGUUUGGAAACAUCUGACUUAAAUCAACAAUCAAAAAAGCUUAACAAAUCCAGAAGGCGCAAGGAUUACCAGAUAAAAUGGCACCAAAAAAUGGAUUUAAAACAAGAUAGGAAACAGACAAAAAAAACUGAGCAUUACAAAAAAAGAAAACUUAAAGAUAUGCAUUCAGAAUAUAAAAAUAUUGUUAUAAAUGACAGUAGCGCACAUGAUGAGCCAAUGGACAUUGACAACAACAGCCAAAGUGAAAACACAGAACGACAAAGCAAUGAAAAUGAACAUGAUAAUUCAAGUGAUGACCCUGAAUCUAAUAAUGAACAACAAUCGGGUCUUGUCUUGGACACAUGUCUACAGCCCCCAGAUCCUGGUCAACAUUUGUUGUCUUAUGAUGAUGGAAUAUUUUGUAUUGCCCCUGCAGAGAAAAACAGUCCUGUAAGCAUUUUUAAAAUUCCUAAGCUCGAGUCUAUGGCAUUUCCAGUGCAGUUUCCUGAUGGUAAGAACACUUUUGAUGAGCCUGACAGAGUGAAAUGUGUCUCCCCCAGCAGAUACUUUAACACCAGGUUAUUCUCUGUAGAUAAUCGUUGUGCAAAGGAUACAAACUACAUAUUUUUUGCACAGUUUGUCACAGAAAUGCACAUGGCCACAUCUAGUAUGUCCAUUCAGUUGAGAAAAGCUAAACCCAUGACACGUGAUGGUCGUAGAAUAAACUGUUCACUGCUGCAGGAUAAAUCUGAGUUAGAAAAACUUGUACACAACAAAGAGGCAACACGUUUCAUGCAGCCACUAAGAGGAACACCAGCUUACUGGGAGAAGACUCUGCGUGAUUUGUUCUCUAUGCUAAGACAACUGGGCACACCUACAUUUUUCUGUACAUUUAGUGCUGCCAGGGCCGCGGGAAGUCAUUUUGAACAGGGGGUGCUGUGA